AGCAUCCAGGCCUAAGAAACAGUUUAUCUGUAAAUUCUGUAAUAGGCAGUUUACGAAAUCGUACAAUUUGUUGAUUCAUGAAAGGACUCAUACGGAUGAGAGACCGUACUCUUGUGACAUUUGCGGCAAGGCUUUUAGAAGGCAAGAUCACCUUCGAGAUCAUAGGUACAUCCACAGCAAAGAGAAGCCCUUCAAAUGCGGCGAGUGCGGCAAGGGUUUCUGCCAGAGCCGUACCCUGGCCGUGCACAAGAUUCUCCACAUGGAGGAAUCGCCCCACAAAUGUCCCGUGUGCGCUCGAAGCUUUAACCAACGCAGCAAUCUGAAGACCCACCUCCUCACCCACACAGAUCACAAGCCGUACGAGUGCACCUCUUGCGGUAAGGUGUUCCGUCGAAAUUGCGAUUUAAGGAGACACGCGUUGACGCAUGCAGUCGGCGACGUGCCACCAGAGGCGCUCGAGGAGGCGCUCAGAGAUGACGAUAGUCCAGAAGAGGAUUGUCCGGAGCCUGGCUCGUCGUCCUCGGCGUCCACUACCAAUUCAACGUUACCAUCCACGGGGACGAAUGCUUCUUACCCUCCUCAAGCCUCGACGGGACCACCGCAACCACCUCCACCUCCAACUUCAGCGUCCACCCUUCCUCAGAGACCUCAACUACAAAUCAGAAGAGAUCUACUCCCAACCACGGUGAAACCGUCCACCGUGACCAGCAGCGGGAGUGGCGGGCAUUCCGUCACUCAGAAUCCUCCAGGCGCAUUACCACCCCCGCCCCCGUUAAUCCUGACUUCCUACAGACGAAGAAUAGGCUCGCCAGGGCCGUCCAGGGUGCUCCUGGAGCUGCAGGAACGCGAGAGGGAGCGAGAACGUGACAUGGAGCAAAGCAGAGAGAGGGAGCGCGAGAGGGAAAGGGAGGAGGAGGUAUCACGACCACCCAGAGCACCCACCCCUCAACCACCACCCCCACCCAGACCCGCUCCUGCCAGGCAAGGAUUCACUAUAGCGGAUAUUAUGCGUCGGUAGAGCGGCAAUCUGUUUUACCGGUGAAUACCAAAUGAUCGUCUGCUGUGAAAUUCGAUUGGGUAGGACACGUAGGACCGUUUUUAUUGGGCCGUAAGUGAGAUCGUUGUUCGGACGUCAUUUGGAAUAUGGUUAAAGUGAUCAAUUAUUUACUGAAAGGAACUAUUUUCGUAGUUUGGAUGCGGGAGGUGAAAGAUGGAGUGUGGAUAGGAUUUGUGAAAUUUUUUUUUUUUUUGUUACUGCAAUUCUGGAAGGACGAUGACACAAUUGAAUUACCGAGCUGAGCCAUAUUAUAUCGUUGAAGUAAAAAUAAGAUAAAUUGGGAUAAUUCUAACUAAUUCAAAGUUUGUUUUAUAUAGCUGUGCCAUUAUUCUUCCAGACAUGUUGAUAUUCCCUUCGUUUGAAAGAAGAAUUUAUUAAUAAAUUUGUUACAUUUUUUUUUUAUUAUUUCUCUUAUUAUAAAAAUAAAUAAAUUCUGUAAUUAUUUAACACUUUUGCUGCUACACGUUUAAUUAUUUUUACAGAAAAAACAUUUUUUUUUUUUCAUACAAAUUCGAUCUUAAUUAAUUAACAGAAUUGGGAAAAAAAGAUUAAAUUUCAAUAGCAGUAAAAGUGUCAAAUCUUUUUUUUUUUUUUUUUUAUUGAAUUAUCACGUGAGAAUCGUUUUUACAAUGAUAGAAAUAUCGUCACGAAAGUGAAAUGAUACUAUUUUUCAAUUCUAUUUUGAAACAUCUAUGAUAUACGUAGAAACCUCAAUGUUCAAUAAGUGAAGUCCAUCAAAAGAUUAAAAAAUUUCGAAAGCAUUGUAACAGACUGUGGUGUUGUUUAUUUUAUUAAGUUGUAAAUGUAUAAUUUGUAUUUUUUUUUUUUAUUACAGAAUUAAAACGAAUAUUAUUUUACUUUAA